GAAACAUAACCUGAUUCCCCUUCCAGCUUCACUGUCAGCUCUGCUCAAAGGAGGGGAUAGCCUCUGGGAGAGCCCAGACUCAGAGUCAUGAAAAAACAUGUGUCAGAGACCAUGGCGAGCCCAGGGAAAGACAAUUAUCGAAUGAAGAGCUAUAAGAACAAUGCCCUAAACCCUGAGGAAAUGAGACGAAGAAGAGAAGAAGAGGGCAUUCAGCUCCGGAAGCAGAAACGGGAGCAACAACUUUUUAAACGGAGAAAUGUGGAGCUGAUUAAUGAAGAAGCUGCCAUGUUUGAUAGUCUCCUCAUGGACUCCUAUGUGAGCUCUACCACUGGGGAGAGUGUGAUCACAAGAGAGAUGGUGGAGAUGCUCUUUUCUGAUGAUUCUGACCUGCAGUUAGCAACCACACAGAAAUUUCGGAAACUGCUCUCCAAAGAGCCUAGUCCUCCAAUAGAUGAAGUUAUCAAUACACCAGGAGUGGUGGAUCGGUUUGUGGAGUUUCUGAAGAGGAAUGAGAAUUGUACAUUACAGUUUGAAGCUGCCUGGGCUCUAACAAACAUUGCCUCUGGAACCUCUCAGCAGACCAAAAUUGUCAUUGAAGCAGGAGCCGUCCCCAUUUUUAUAGAGCUGCUUAACUCAGACUUUGAGGAUGUACAGGAACAGGCAGUCUGGGCACUGGGAAACAUAGCUGGAGACAGCUCCGUUUGCCGAGAUUACGUCUUGAACUGUUCCAUCCUUAAUCCUUUGUUAACACUCCUUACCAAGUCCACACGACUGACAAUGACACGGAAUGCAGUCUGGGCCCUGUCAAACCUCUGUCGAGGGAAGAACCCACCCCCAGAGUUUGCAAAGGUCUCUCCUUGUUUGCCGGUACUGUCUCGCCUACUCUUCAGCAGCGAUUCAGACUUGCUGGCAGAUGCUUGCUGGGCCCUCUCUUAUCUGUCAGAUGGCCCCAAUGAGAAAAUCCAGGCAGUCAUAGACUCUGGAGUGUGCCGGAGAUUGGUAGAGCUGCUGAUGCACAACGAUUAUAAAGUGGCUUCCCCUGCCCUGAGAGCUGUGGGUAACAUCGUCACUGGGGAUGACAUCCAGACCCAGGUCAUUCUUAACUGUUCAGCCCUCCCUUGCCUUCUCCACUUGUUGAGCAGCCCUAAGGAGUCAAUCCGGAAGGAAGCUUGCUGGACCAUUUCAAAUAUCACUGCUGGCAACAGGGCUCAAAUACAGGCUGUUAUAGAUGCAAAUAUCUUCCCUGUGUUGAUUGAAAUUCUUCAGAAAGCAGAGUUUCGUACAAGAAAAGAGGCAGCCUGGGCCAUCACCAAUGCCACAUCAGGAGGAACCCCUGAGCAGAUCAGGUACCUGGUCUCACUGGGUUGCAUCAAACCCCUGUGCGAUUUGCUGACUGUAAUGGAUUCCAAGAUUGUGCAAGUGGCCCUCAAUGGACUGGAGAACAUCCUGCGGCUUGGAGAGCAAGAAGGCAAGCGCAGUGGCUCAGGGGUUAAUCCCUACUGUGGCCUCAUCGAGGAAGCCUAUGGCUUGGAUAAAAUUGAGUUUCUCCAGAGCCACGAGAACCAAGAGAUCUACCAGAAGGCCUUCGACCUCAUUGAGCACUACUUUGGUGUAGAAGACGACGAUAGCAGCCUGGCUCCCCAAGUGGAUGAAACGCAACAGCAGUUCAUCUUCCAGCAGCCCGAGGCCCCCAUGGAGGGUUUCCAGCUAUAAUAUCUGCCUCCGGGGAGGGGAGGGGAUGGGAAGCACCACCGACCAGCAGAAGAGCAGCCCUCUGGUGGGCGGGAAACCAGCCCCCCCACCAUCAGCCACCACACACCUCUGCUGCCCUGGAGACUGUGCUCUUGACCUGCUCCGCCCCCUUCCCUGGAGGGCGUACCCUCUGGACAGACAGAACCAUCUGAGGCUCACAUUUGGGUUUUGUGACAAGAAGGGGAUGUGUUGGGUUUUUCUUCCUUACACUAUAUUUUGGCUGCACACAUGUCUUUAACCCAGGAGCCCAGGGGUAGACAAAGGAGGACUAAGGUAAUCAAUUUGCACCUUUUUUUAUUUUUAUUUUUUUCUUUUUUCUUUAAUGGUGACUUCCUUUUUAUCUUUUUUCAUCCUUCCCAAUCCUCUGCCCUGAUCUGUAUAACUCUUAUCUUGGGUACUUGAGCAGAUGGAAUAUUCCAGAGGUGGGAGGUGGGAGGGGAAGGGAGAAAUCCAAAACAAAGUGUUCUUGCUCUGACAGAAUAUUAAUCUUGUAUACUUUGAUUGAGUUAUUUAAUUUUUUUUUCUUUUGCACAUUUUUCUUGUAUUAAGAUUGUUCUUCCCAAGAGCCAUGAGUUCCUGGUUUUAGGAAUCCCAGCUGCCAGCAUUGCCUGGGACUAGAGGCUGAUGGGAAGGCUACCAUGAAACAAAGGCCCCUCCCUCCCUCUCACCCAGAUCUCUUUAGUUUGGGAGAUCCCCCUCAUUCUCCUGGGGCAAGUACACCAGUGGGAGUGGAGGGGAGGGAGGAGCACAGGCCUUCAGAUGGGGCUCCCCGCGUGUAGCUACUGAUCCCAUGUUUCCUACCCACCUUCCAAAUGGUGCGACCCAACUUCAUUUGUUUACUUGAAAAUUCCCCUCAGGGUUGAGUGAACCUCUGAGGUGGCUGUAUUUUCUCCUAAGCUUAAGACAGGGGACUGUGGUCCUUCCUUUCUCCUGAGGAGAAAGUCCUUGCUCUGGUGACCUAUAAAUUGCAGAGGAGGUUGGAGUGAGAGUGUCAUGUAUUGGGAUAGUCAGGGAUCCCUGCCUUUGGCCUUUCUUCUUCUUCUUCUUCCUCUUCCAUAGUUGGAUCAUGUAUAUUUUACUUCCAAAGGAGAGAAUGUCAAAAAGUUCUGUAUUUUUUUAUAUUCUAUAUAUUAGGUAGGUCACUCUUAAUUGGUCUCAAGGGGAAAAACUAUCUGUAAUUUCUGUAAGUAGGAUACUGAGAGGAAGACCAAAAAAAGAGAUGUGGAAGGUCCCUUGCUCAGGAGGCCUGAGCGUGGUCCAUUUGCUCUCUGCUUGGAUUCUGGACCACCACCUGGGACCAACCCUCAACUCUGGAAACUUUGUAAAGCAGGUCAGCAUGGUCUCAUUGUCCCAGUACCUGAAAGGAGUAAGGAUGGCUUCAGGGCCUGGUGAAGUCUACCACUCUAGUCCUUGCUCCUGAGCAUCCUGCUUCUAUCAGGAAACCCAGAAAAUAGUUGGCCUUCUACAACUCAAUCUCAGAGGCUAUUGUCCACAUAAGUUAUCACACAUGGCUGCGUUUGCUAUUGUCCCAGAAACUUAGCAGCCUGAAUACUUUUGUGGGAAUUAUUGGUAUCUUCCCUGUUAGGGAUCCUUAUACCUGGUUUGGGUUUUUUCUUCUUUGUGACAAUUAUAAUCCAGAUGCCUUUUCUUUCUCUUUGAGUAAAGCUAGUGCAGUGCCUCAGUGACUUGCCUGUACCUCUGGAUGGAUUACAUGUGAUGGUAAAGCCCAUCUGUUGGAGAUGGGAGAGGAGGAAGUUGUCAGCUAAGUGUAGACCAGCUGUGGUGUUGAAGGCACAAUCUGCCCUGCUGCUGCCUCCGUACUGUGGUUAGAGGUCCUGUUCUAAGCUAUACUUUUCCAGAAACAAUGCCGUUCUUGCUCCCAUUCCUAUACAUCCCUUUCUGGCUCAGGUGAAAUCCAUGCCCCUCUUCUUACAGAUCUAAACUUCCAGUGCUUAUUGUUGGCCAUUCGUCUUGAAUUUGGCCUUCCCUAGUUCGAGGUCGCACUCCAAUGCCAUUUUCUAAGGAAGAUGGUUUAGGGCUGGCAGCUAUCACUGAAAAAUCACACUAAUGUUAUACUGCUUUGGUGAGUCACAUGCUUCUUAGUAGCUUGAGAAUGAUGGCUACCAACCCCUAAUCUCCCAGGAAGGCAAGGGGCAGGACAUUUUUUUCACUUGGCUUUCUACCUCCAUUACAAAACUAUUCUCUGACAGUUCAAAGAAAAGCUUUCACCCACCCGUCCCCCCAUGGUCCUUGUGCAAAGGGCAGAGCAAUUUAGUAGGAUCUACUUAGUACAUCUCAAGCAAUAGCUAAGUCCCUGACAUUGGGGCCAAAUUCCUAGUGUGAGACAUACACAUCCUGGUUUCCCAACUGUUUCUCCAGAAAUCUCCUUUGGGUUCAGCUUUAGGUCCUGUACCAGAUAAAAGACUGUUUUUUGGUCAUUUGGCUGCUGCUUAAUGCAAGUUUUCUCUAAGGACUUAAAAUGCUAAAUUCUACUGGGGGCACAAUGUGAGGAAAGAUUUCUCAAAGAAAGGUUGCCUCUAGGAGCUUUUCAUUUGUGUCUUCCCCGGACCAUAUUUUCCCAUUAUCUUCCUCUAAACUCAUUUCAACCAACAGAAAAAGUUCUUCCAGCCAACAGAGACAGUAGUACCAUCUUUUGUAUAACCUCCUUUUCAUUGGCCAUCUUGUAAAGCAAAAUAUUAUUUCUUUAUUUUGCUCACAUUUGAGAGUCACUCUUUAUGAGCAACUCCCAUCUGGACCCCAGAUCCUGGCCUAAGUGAGGUCAAAGGCUUUCUGGCAGAUUUUUGGUAAUUACCAGGAUGUAGAGGCUCCCCAGCCUGUUUUAGGAACUAGCCUGAUAAGUUGAAACAUGUUUUUGGAAUCUCAUAUGGCUGGCAUAUCCAUUUUAAGAUCUCUGAUGGGGGUGGAAGUACCUAGGUAUGGAUUAAGAGGGACAAGGAGAGUUUUUCUUAGUUAACAUAUUCAAAUACUGUUUUGAACAGUGCCAGCUUUUCUUUAUUGCCAACCUCUCAACUACUAACAGGGUCCCUGGUCUUAUAAACCUGCCUUCAGUUCCCACCUCUCCUCAGUGACUGCCUGGCCUUGAUGUUGGCUGCUGCAACCCUCUGAUACAACCACAUGGGUUCCACCUUGAACUGGCCAGCCUAGUUACUUGGGCAUGAAUGACCCCUCCAAGGAACAGGUGGUUGGUGACCUCAUUUUGGGGGGACCCUUGGUUUUAUUAUUCCUUAUCUAGAAACUUUAGAUCUACUUUUUCAACUCUCUGCCCUGGAAACCAUCUUGCAGUAACCCUAUUUUUUUGGAACUGAACUGCACAGAUUAUAGCUGCUAUUGUAGUUAAGGGAGAAGAAUAAAAAACAUUCUGUUUCUCUCAAGCCAAACCAGUUUAAAAUGAAAACUGUCUAACAGAAUGAACUAUAUUUACAUUUACUUGUGUCUACCUGCCUUCUCUCCCCACCCUAGAGUUGUACCUAUUUCUAGCAAACUGAAAGGAAAGAAGGAGAAAGCCUAGCAAUACUAACCUCACCACCCUAUAUGCCUUUCCCAGCCCUUUUGUUCAGGCCUUCUCUUUUCUCCCAUAGACUCACUCAACUCGGAAUCCAUUAUCUUGGGUAUUCUUCAUUAGAUUCAUCUUACAGGCUCAGGUGCACUGAACUAUGGGAAACAUCUUCCAGGUAGUACUACCCUGGAAGUUACUGUGAGACUGAAAGAUUGCUCAGAAUAAAUUUCUUCCAUAGCCAUUUAGGAUUCUACAUUCUAGACCAACCUUGUCCAGUAUUUUUUCUGUUUUAGCAUUUGCAUUUUUUCGUUAAGCCAACAAGCUGAGAAUUUAGCCCUACUGGGAUCCAUAUGGUGGGCACUAGCUGCUCUUUGGCCAAGGCCUUCAUGAUUCAGUCAUCCCAUUGUCUAUCCCCUAGCCCCACCCCCAGAUUAAGAUCAUGGCAAGGGAAGAAUUUGAGGUUAAGACCAACCAAAUCUGUUAAUGAAAGCCGUUAUUUUUCCUCUGAGAGGGCAUUUUGUUGCAGAACCAAAGCUGGCUGUGAGAGUUACAAAAGGCAGCAUUAAAUUUGGGGCCCAGAACACCAUGGGAGAAAGGUUUUGUGUAGUAUGUUCCAGUGGGCUUGGGUCUACCUAGCUUCUUCUGGACCAGCCUGAUUUCUGAUGUCCAUAUACACAUACCUGAACCCCCUUGCUCUCUUGUAACAAUAUACCAUGCCCUGAGGGCAGUGAAGGAAAUAAGCUCAAAGAUCCUAAGACUGGCUGGGAACCUCUGACUCAGAGGAUGUCCUUAAAGAGUUCACAUCUACAUGAACCCCUGUGCUCUGGAGUUGGGUCCUUGGCUUUUUCAGCCAGCUUUUAUGGGAACUGCCUUUGAUUGACCUAUUUUAAAAGAAGGAAAGGAGCGAUGGGGUCCCAGCCACACAACAGACCAGAUGUCCCCUAAAAACAGUUUGGGUUUCUAGCUAUGGACCCUAGGAAGGUGAAUCAAAUCCUUCUCGCUGGUUUUUCUUUACAAAUUAAUUUGCUUUUAUUUUUCUAACAACUAUAAACUCUAUUUUCCAUGUUCUCAGGGCCCCUGGGUAGACAGACAAAGCUUGAUGAUUUCAGAGCAGACAUAGGCUAAGAAACCGUGGCAUUGAGUGUGCUGAGUCCAGACAAAUGAUAUUUAUAUACACAUCCAAAUUUGAAGAGAAAAUGUAUUUCUUUAGGUUUCAAACACUGUAAUAGAUAUAAAGCAAAAAUAAAAACCUGUUGCAAAGUU